CAAAAGUGUGAUUAAAUUUUUUUGCUUUUUCUUUCCUUCUCUAAUCGGUGGUGUGUACGCCAAACCUAGAUUGCGCUGUAUUGUUGAGUUAUGGCCGUUGAUUCGGCUGACCGGCGAGAAGUUAUCGUCAAAAUCGACGGUGAUAACAAUGGAGUCUCCGGAGAGACAGUAGGAAGAAUAUGGAGAGACGGAAGUUACGAUUUUUGGACUGAUGGUGAAGGUAACCUCAACAAAGGUCAUAAUGCUGCGGCGGUUGAUUCUGAUAGAUCCGCCGCUACGACGGAGGAGCAACAAGAUGAGGGUUUUGAGUUUCGGCGCGGUGAAGAUCCUCCCACCAAGCUUAUUGGUCAGUUUCUCCAUAAACAGCAAGCUUCCGGUGAGAUUUGUCUUGAUAUGGACUUAGGUAUGGAUGAGCUUCAAUCUAGAGGUUUAACUCCGGUAUCGGAAUCUCCGACGUCGGCGAAAGUGCCUACCAAACCUCCUGACCCCGUGGGAAGACGAGACAGCCGCAGUAAUAACACAAAUAACGAUGAUGUAGAAGUUGUCAAGUGUAGUGGUAAUGCUCCGAUUCAGAGAAGCUCUAGCAAUUUGCUUAAGAUGAGGACUAAGUCACGGCUUUCGGAUCCGCCAACGCCUCAGUUGCCACCGCAAACGGCGGAUAUGAAAUCGGGUCGGAUUCCGAAAUCCGGGCAGAUGAAAUCUGGGUUUUUCGGAAAAAGCCCUAAGAAUCAAGGGGAGGAAGAAGAAGAUGAUCCAUUUGCAGCGGAGGAUUUACCAGAAGAGUAUAGGAAAGAUAAACUUAGUCUAUGGAUCGUGUUGGAAUGGUUGAGUUUGAUUUUGAUAAUAGCUGGAUUUGUUUGCACUCUUGCGAUACCUUCCUUGCGUAAGAAGAAACUCUGGGAACUACAGCUAUGGAAAUGGGAAUCAAUGGUUUUGGUGUUGAUCUGUGGUAGGUUAGUGUCUAGUUGGAUUGUUAAGAUAGUUGUCUUCUUCAUCGAAAGGAACUUUCUUUUGAGGAAAAGAGUUUUGUAUUUCGUCUAUGGUGUCCGAAAAGCGGUGCAGAAUUGCUUAUGGUUAGGACUUGUUUUACUGGCUUGGCAUUUCUUGUUUGAUGAGAAAGUGGCUAAAGCAGCAAACACUAAGGCGCUUCGGGUUGUGACUAAGAUCUUUGUGUGCUUGUUGGUUGGGUUCUUGUUGUGGCUCGUGAAGACACUGUUGGUUAAGGUUCUUGCUUCCUCGUUCCACAUGAGCACUUACUUCGAUAGGAUUCAAGAGUCUCUCUUUACUCAGUAUGUGAUUGAGACGCUCUCGGGUCCUCCUUUGAUUGAGAUCCAAAAAAACGAGGAAGAGGAAGAAAGAAUCAGUGUUGAGGUUAAGAAGUUUCAGAAUCCAGGAGGUGUUGAGAUUCAGUCAGGGGCUCAGAAAAGUCCGAUGAAGACCGGGAAAAGCCCUUUGAUCUCUCGUGUUCUAUCUAAUGGAGGAGGGGGAGGAGGAGAAAACAAAGGGAUUACGAUCGAUAGCCUUCAUAAGCUGAAUCCUAAGAAUGUUUCGGCAUGGAAAAUGAAGAGGCUGAUGAAUAUAAUAAGGAAUGGAUCACUUACCACUUUGGAUGAACAGCUUGAAGAUCCAAGCUUGGAUGAUGAUAAAGGAAACCAAAUCAGAAGUGAGUUCGAGGCAAAGCUCGCCGCAAGAAAGAUCUUUCAUAAUGUUGCUAAGCCAGGAUCAAAGUUCAUCUACGCGAAUGACAUUAUGCGGUUUCUGCCGGAUGACGAAGCUUUGAAGACUUUAAGUCUCUUUGAAGGAGCAUCUGAGACGAACAGGAUCAGCAAAUCAUCUCUUAAAAACUGGGUGGUGAAUGCUUUUAGAGAAAGAAGAGCUCUUGCAUUGACCCUAAACGACACCAAAACAGCAGUAAACAGGCUUCACAAGAUGGUGAAUAUCGUGGUUGGGAUCAUCAUACUUGUUAUUUGGCUUAUCAUACUUGGAAUCACUUCCACCAAAUUCCUUGUGGUCAUGAGCUCGCAAGUCGUGGUUGUCGCAUUCAUAUUUGGAAACAUGUGCAAGAUAGUAUUCGAAUCUAUCAUCUACUUGUUUGUGAUACACCCAUUUGAUGUAGGCGAUCGAUGCGAAAUUGAUGGAGUCCAGAUGGUUGUGGAAGAGAUGAACAUUUUGACAACAGUUUUCUUGAGAUUUGAUAAUCAAAAAGUCGUGUACCCGAACAGUCUUCUCUGGACUAAAUCCAUUGGAAACUAUUACCGUAGCCCCGAUAUGGGAGAUGGAAUCGAAUUCUCCAUCCACAUUACUACUCCAGCUGAGAAAAUCAUCCUCAUCAAACAGAGAAUCACAAGUUACAUUGAGGGGAAGAAGGAUCAUUGGUAUCCGGCGCCAAUGAUAGUAUUCAAAGACAUGGAGUCAUUAAACAGCGUGAGAAUUGCGGUUUGGCCAACGCAUCGGAUGAAUCAUCAAGAUAUGGGAGAGAAAUGGGCUCGAAGGUCUCAACUUGUUGAAGAGAUUGCCAAGAUUUGCAGAGAGCUUGACAUUGAGUAUAGAUUGUAUCCUCUUGACAUCAAUGUUCGAAACAUGCCCACUUCUACUGUUUUGCCAGUUUCCGACCGUAUUCCACCAAAUUGGACUGCUCAAGCUUCUGGCAGCAACUGAAACUAUAGAUGAAACUUUUUAUAUAGUUUGGAUCAAGAGGUUCUGUUUUUCUCAUUUUUCUUUUUGAACUCUACAAAUUUAGAAUUUAGGAAAUGAUACUUUAUGAUUCUCGACUUUAAUGUGAUGUAUAAAUUUUGGUUCUCUAA